AUGGAUAACGAUACCCUCGACUCCCUACGACACCUUAUCCAAUGUCACCCUCUCAUCGAUAAUCAUGCUCACAACAUCCUCGACAAGGCUUCGGCCUGCAAUUACGCUAAGUAUCCCUUUGAGCAGAUCACCUCUGAAGCUCAAGGGGUAGCUCUACAGAAUGCGACUUCUACACUGCCGCUUCACCGGGCGGCCUCCCAGCUUGCUGUCCUAUACGACUGCCCCUCGUCCGACUGGGAGCAAGUCAAGGCGGCUCGGCAGAAAUGGGUGGAGCGCGACUACGACGGCUUGAUCCGCCAAUGCCUGCAAGGGACCCAUACCUUGCUUCUGGACGACCUCCUCACCGACCAGGACAUCGAGCCGUACCAAUGGCACGAUCAAUUCACUGUGUCCGCGACCAAGCGCAUUGUGCGCAUUGAGGCCCUAGCGGCGCGGAUGCUGGCGACCGUGAUGCGUGGCUCUAGUAUUCCCGAGGCCGAAGAUGUGUCUGCCCUCGAGAGUCGGUUUCUGGCGUUCCGUGAUGGCUUUAGCAGAAUGGUCUCCGAAGCUAUCGAGGACCCCGCAGUGGUGGGGUUCAAAUCGGUCAUCUGUUACCGGACCGGGUUGAACGUCCGGCCAACUGAUGAAGACGCAGGCGUUUUGUUGCAAUCGUUUGCUCGUACCAUCCGCGCCUCAAAGGCCGAGUAUCGGGUCGAGGACAAGCCCCUGAACGAUUGGCUUGUGCGUCAGACCCUCGACCUGCUCCAAGCCGCCAAAUCCGGCAGCAAAGAUUGUAAAAACAAGCCGUUGCAGCUCCAUACUGGUCUCGGAGACAACGACAUCAGCCUGGUGCUGGCCAACCCAGCCUACUUGCAACCGCUGAUUGCGCGGUAUCCCAAGGUCGACUUCGUGCUGCUGCACUCCUCGUAUCCCUACACGCGUGAGGCGGGCUAUCUGGCCUGCGUCUAUCCCAAUGUUUAUCUCGAUCUCGGGGAGGUCUUCCCUAUGGUCAGUCGGGAUGCGGAGGAGUCCAUCAUUCGGGACAGUCUGGACAUUGUGCCGACCAAGCGACUCCUCUGGAGUACGGACGGCCACUUUUUCCCGGAAACGUUCUACCUAGGCAAUAAGCAGUUCCGCGAUGUAUUAGAAAAGGUUUUCGUGGACUACGUCCAUCAAGGAGACUGGACAGUCUCACAAGCAAAGGAAGCAGCGGCGGAUAUCCUUUUCCACAACUCCAACCGCCUCUACGACCUGAACGAGCAGCCAUCGUUCGACCAAAUAUCCAAGCAAAUCACCAUCCCCUCCACCCACGCUCUGGACACCUUCAUGCGGUGUAAUCCCGACGUCAAAUACGUGUGGAUGCAAUGGGUCGACUACACCGCAACGACCCGCCUACGGAUCUUCCCCAUUCUCGAAUUCGCCAAGAUCGUGCGCAAGCAGCGUCGCAUCGGAAUCAGUCUCUGCGUCUUCUGGAUGCUGCAGGACGACUCCAUGACCCCUGAAGGCACCACCACCGGCCAAUUUUACAUGGAACCCGACCUGACCAGCCUCAGCCCCAACGUCGGCCUCGACUCCAAAAGCGCCACUGUCAUGACCUUCUGGCGAUCCGAGGACAACAACAAACCCCUCGAGGGCUGUCCUCGGACGGCACUCCAAAACAUCGUUGAUAAACUGCACACCGACCACGGCAUCGCCGUCACCUGCGGCUUCGAAAUCGAAGUCGUCUUCCUCCGUCCCGAUACCGACCCCUCCACCGGUGAAACUCGGUAUCUCCCCGCGGUAACCAACCACUCCUGGUCCCAAAUGACCAGCGACACGCGCCGCAUGCUGCCCCUGCUCGAAGAGAUUGCCGACACUCUAGCCGCCAUCGGCAUCCCGCUCGAGCAAUUCCACUCCGAGUCCGCCCCCGGCCAAUUCGAAUUCGUCCUCCCACGCAACAGCCCCUUACCCGCAGUCGACACCCUCCUCAAAGCCCGCCAGGUCGUCACCCACAUCGCCGAGCGCCACCGCCUCCGCGCAACCCUCCACCCGCGACCCCUCCCCAACGUCGCAGGCACCGCCUCCCACGCGCACGUCUCCAUCUCCCCCUCCACAAACGAGGACUCCUUCCUCGCCGGCGUGCUGGCACACUUCCCCGCCCUGUUGGCCUGCACUCUCGCCCAAGAAACCAGCUACGACCGCGUGAAAUCCGGCCUCUGGGCAGGCAGCGAGUGGGUCGCCCCCAUCCGCAAGAUCGAGCCGGGACACUGGGAACUCAAGUCCCUUGAUGGCCUGGCGAACAUGUACCUCGCCAUGGCGGCCUUCCUGGGAGCCGGGUACCUAGGCCUGCAGAAUAAGAUCCCUCUAACGGUGAAGGAUUGUCUCUACGAUGCGGCGACCCUCACCGACGCGCAACGCCAGGACCUCGGGAUCACAACUCUACUGCCUAAGGCUCUAGCGCAGAGUCUGGAUGCGCUUGAGUCUGAUCAUGCACUUCAGGAACUGCUCGGUCCGUUCCUGGUACGCAACUACGUGAUUGUCAAGCGGGCGGAGGCCAAGAAGCUGGCUGCUAUGGGCGAGGAAGAGCGGAGGAAGUGGCUGAUAGAACGGUAUUAA